AUGCUUUCAGCAUUCGCCGUCCUCAUGGUCGCCUUUCCUAUACUGGCAAUGUCAGACACAGUGUACACGUCCACAACAAUGAAAACGGAGGCCACAACAGUCACAGAUACAUAUGUUCAAGUUAUUGAGGGGUAUGGGAUGUAUUACAACAAAUUUCUCGGGUACCUUGCCGGAAGCAUCGUGGAUGUGAAUACCGUGGAGGGCCAGACUACCAUCGCCAACAGAAUCCCCCCUACGAUAACCGUAGGUCCUUCAACAUACAUACACAGCUCAAGCGGCACCAAACAAGACCCCCAGAAGUUCACUAUCGGUAUCGACUCAAGGGCCUGCAGGAUUUUUUCUUCAACCCAAAGAGCAUCAUGCGAGACCUAUGUGAGCUCCUGGUGGUCUGACCCUACAACGAUUAUGUCCAUGGAAAGAACGAGUACUACAAUUUUGGGACCUGCAGAUAUCACUUACCACCACUUAUCAAUUACGGCGGGUGCUGAGAAGCUUCCAUCACUGGUGACUACAACGCAGGCUCAGAAUAAGACUGCUGUCGCCACUUCCACUGCCUUGACCUCUACGACAACCGCUGCCCCUUCACCUAGCCCAACUCCAGAGACACAUUCCUCAAGAGCGUGGAUUGCUGGGCCGGUUGCUGGAGCCGUGGCUGGCUGCGGCCUGGUAGUAGUUGUGUUGUACUGGUGUCUGAGGCGGAAAAUCCAAGGAGAGCCAUCGGCUGAUGCUGGACCAAUAAUCCAGGAUCCUUCAGGGGAAAUCAAGAGACCCGGCAGCCCUGUUAAGUAUACGGCAGCGGAAACUCAAGGAACCCCUGUAUCCGAACUUCCGGCAGAUGAGCCUCCAUGCGUUCAACAUACUGCCUAA